CAUCGGUGAACUGCAGGAGGGGCUCCGGAACCUGGGCAUCCCCCUGGGCCAGGACGCCGAGGAGUUCCCAAGGGCCUCCACCUCCGAAGAGACUUCUUAGGAAAGUGUGACAAACCACUUUGAAAAGACCGGGGACGUCGCCACCAGUCGUGGCGCCCACAGUCCGGGUGCUCGCACUCCUCUCCCCACUUUCCUCUAUAAAGAAGCCCCGCCCCUAGAGACAGCCCCCCUGCAAAGGUCGUGCCGGAAGUCUUGGGGGAAAGGACAGGAGCGGUCCCUGCUAGGCCUCCCCUGCAGUGGGCCUGGCAGCGCAGCCGGGACACCGCCAGGGCCACCUGCUCUGGGCAGGGGCCCCCCACCAGGAGCACCGCGUGCCCCCGCCUGGAGCCGUUGCUCCCCUUCCCGUGUGUUACCUCGCGGACACUUUGUCUUCGGUGCCACCAGCGAUGCUGCCAUCUUAGGUCUCUGCUGGCAGGACGCAUGGGGGUGUGGGGGGCAGAGACGCCCCUCCCUCCUGUGACUUCCACCUGCGGGAGACUCGGGGCGGGGCGUGGACCUCCCGUGCUGCCUGCCAGACGCCCCCGAUGGACGCCCUCUACGAAGAUCUCUUUUGGCUCCUGGACCGAAAUGAGGACGGGAUCCUGGACAUCACUGAGCUUCAGGAAGGCCUGGAGGACAUGGGCGUCGUGUCUCCCCAGGAAGAAGGGAAGAAAAUUUUUACUACUGGUGAUAUCAACAGAGAUGGAAAGCUGGAUUUUGAAGAAUUUUUGCGGUACCUUAAAGACCAUGAGAAAAAAAUGAAAUUGGCAUUUAAUAGUUUGGACAAAAAUAAUGAUGGAAAAAUUGAGGCCUCUGAAAUUGUUCAGUCUCUCCAGAUACUAGGUCUGACUAUUUCUGAACAGCAAGCAGAGUUGAUUCUUCAAAGCAUUGAUGCUGACGGGACAAUGACAGUGGACUGGAAUGAAUGGAGGGACUACUUCUUAUUUAAUCCUGUCGCAGACAUCGAGGAAAUUGUCCGUUUCUGGAAACAUUCUACUGGCAUCGACAUAGGAGAUAGCCUGACUAUUCCGGAUGAGUUCACGGAAGACGAGAAGAAGUCGGGGCAGUGGUGGAGGCAGCUGCUGGCGGGAGGCAUUGCUGGGGCCGUCUCCCGCACCAGCACCGCGCCCUUGGACCGCCUCAAAGUCAUGAUGCAGGUCCAUGGUUCAAAAUCGGACAAAAUGAACAUGUACGGCGGCUUCCGGCAGAUGGUGAAAGAAGGAGGCAUCCGCUCCCUUUGGAGAGGCAACGGCACGAACGUCAUCAAAAUCGCCCCCGAGACGGCUGUCAAGUUCUGGGCAUAUGAACAGUACAAGAAGAUGCUUACUGAGGAAGGACAGAAAGUAGGAACCUUUGAGAGGUUUGUCUCCGGUUCCAUGGCCGGAGCAACUGCACAGACGUUCAUUUACCCCAUGGAGGUUUUGAAAACCAGGCUGGCUGUAGGCAAAACUGGACAGUACUCUGGACUGUUUGACUGUGCCAAGAAGAUUUUGAAACGUGAAGGCAUGGGAGCUUUUUACAAAGGUUAUAUUCCCAAUUUACUGGGCAUCAUACCUUACGCAGGUAUAGAUCUUGCUGUGUAUGAGCUCUUGAAGGCCCACUGGCUGGAAAAUUUUGCCAAAGACUCUGUGAACCCCGGAGUCACGGUGUUGCUGGGGUGCGGCGCCCUGUCCAGCACCUGUGGGCAGCUGGCCAGCUACCCGCUGGCUUUGGUGAGGACGCGCAUGCAGGCUCAAGCCAUGGUAGAAGGAACCCAGCAGCUGAACAUGGUCGGCCUCUUUCGACGAAUCGUUUCCAAAGAAGGCAUUCCCGGACUCUACAGAGGCAUCACCCCAAACUUCAUGAAGGUGCUCCCCGCCGUGGGCAUCAGUUACGUGGUUUAUGAAAAUAUGAAACAGACUUUAGGAGUGGCCCAGAAAUGACAUGUUGAAUGUUUUGCUUUUGCCUGAUUACUGAGAUCUUCUCUAAUCUCCAGAGCGACUGUUCCUCCUGGAAUGGCCAGCUUCCGGCAAACGAAGCUGCGGUUUUUCACAAAAGGGAAGAGCUUAUCAAGCAUCACUUCAAACAUUUGGGCUCAAUUUUAUACAUACGGACGUGUUUUAAAAAAUCAUAGUUUUGAUACACUCCUACAAUUCUGAAGAAGAAUCACAUCUUAUCUCUUCUUAUUAGUCCUUUCUACAGAUCUCUGCCCUGAAUCCUAAAUCUGAAAAAUGUACCUCCUUGAACUAAAUUUGUUUUGUAUGGUAGAAUGAUUUAUCUUUAAAUCAUUCAUCUUUAUUUUGAACAGUUCAAGUUUAUGCCAGUUUCUUUAUACUGAAGUCUUCUUAAAAACAACAUGAUUGGAAAACCUUGAAACUUAAAAUUGUUAUAUAUAUAUAUAUAUAUUUUUUUUAAUGUCUUUAUAAACUUCUCAAUAUUCCCUCAUAGGGCCAUCGAUCUAAUCAUUGCAUGAAAAUACACCUUCCAGCAGGCAAAUAAGUAGAUUGUUUAUGUCCUUAUCUUUCUUGAAGCUGAAGAAGAACGAACAUAAAUGGCUGAAUUUCAAGGGAUGUAAAAGCUCUAGUCCAUCUAUACCAUUUCUGUGUAAGGAGGAUUGAUGACAUGGGAUGUAUUUCAGUGGGCUGUUUUGUUUCCCUUGCAUCGUUACUUGGUUCCUGGGGUGACACGGUGAUUGUGAGUAGAUUACUGUUACGUCGCUGGCACAAGGCGACUUCUUUGAGAGAUUCUAUUUGUCCCGGCAUUGCUUCGAAAAGCACCAGGAAACCACUUUUUACUUAACAUCAGCCUUUGGGGAGCAGCUCGUUUCUUUGUCCUUUGUUUUCCUACUUGAAUCAGACUUUCACCAGGAAGGCUUCCAGAGGCUGUUCUUGGUAACCUGGAGUUUCUUUAAUUACCCGAAGUGCGUGGAUCACGGGUGAACGGCAUUCUCUCACCCCUCACUGUUCCAUCCCUUUGAACCCACGAUUCUCAUGUGGGGCAGCCCAAACCUAGUCUUACAUAUCAGGUACUUCAAUUUAAAUGCAAGGCUCAAUUUUUAAACACACACACAUUCAUAUUCUUUCUUGCCCCAAGUUUUAGAACAUGUUUUUAUGAUAUAGAAGACUUACUUUAAAUAUUAUAGCAUGUUUUUAUUUUACUGAAGCCAUUUUUAUAGUUAACUUGUCUUUUCUGAUUUAUGUGAUUGGGACUUAGAAAAAUAUUUAUUAGUUGAAGUUACUCUUACCACUUUUUAAAUCUAGUUCCUAAACUUCCGUUUGAUUGCUAGCAAUUCCUGUUAUAAAUUGUCAACAUUUUAAUGGAAAUCUAGUGACAUAGUAGGCAUUUACUUUAUUUCAAUCUACCUCUUGUAUUUUACGAACCAAAGAAGACAUGUUGGACUCGUCUUUGUGAAACAUAUCCCAAAAUAUGGUUUUCAUGAUAUGAGUUAUGCCUGAUAGAUGCCUCAGUAUUUUUGUAAUACAUGUAAUCAGCAUGGGACUGUAUCUGUAGGGUGGUUUGCACUUGGAGUAACACACGAAUGACAAUAUUAAGGUACAUGAUUAGCUUUCUUUACUCAUAAGAAUUAUGGUGUGAACAAAUGAAGUCUCAAGCUGCUGACGAAUCAUCACUGUUCAUUAUGAAUUUUAAUUGCUGUUUAACAUUUGUAAGGAGUGAAUGUGAUUUAUCUGUGCAUCUUGUAUCUUUUGAACACAAUGGUUUUGUAUCUUUUGAAAAUAGCUGGGAGCUGAAGAUAACUGUUUCUGGCAUGAACACACACUUUACAUGUAUAUUAAAAAUGUGUAUAUGUUUGUUUUUAAAAUGACUUGUUUCCUCAUUUUAAAAAAUAGUGUAACUAAAGCAAAAAAAUGGCUGUCAUACUGUUUAUAUCACUGCCAGUGGUUUGAAUAAUAUUUUUCAUAUCUGCCUUUGUAUAGUUUUAAGAAGUAUUUAGGCCUUUCUGAACAGCUUCAGCAGUGUUUGCCUCUAGCACACAUUUUGACAUAAAUGAUGUUUUUUGCGAUAUCCAAAGUCCACAUGACUAGUUAGGGUGACACCCCUGGGGGCUCACAGUGCCACCUCUUGGUGGACUAUCGGCUUGUCUUGAAGUCAUGGGAAACAAAAGCUAAAUCUACUGGUCAUUUUUAAAGAUGUAUCAUUCAUAACUACAAAAUUUGAUUUUAAAAAAUAAAACGUGCCUGAAA